AUGGAGAACCCCAACGACGUCAAGGAGCUCAUCCCAGAAUUCUUCUAUUUCCCAGAAUUCCUUGAAAAUCAAAAUGGCUUUGAUCUGGGACGACUGCAGAUUUCUAAAGAACGGGUGGAUGAUGUCAUCCUGCCCCGCUGGGCCUCCUCCCCCGAGGACUUCAUCUACAAGCACCGCAAGGCUCUGGAGUCGGAGCACGUCUCUGCUCAUCUGCACCUGUGGAUAGAUCUGAUCUUUGGAUUCAAGCAGCGAGGACCUGCAGCUGUGGAGGCUCUCAACGUCUUCUACUACUGCACCUACGAAGGAGCAGUGGACCUCGACGCCAUCACAGAUGAAAAAGAGAGAAAAGCUGUAGAAGGAAUGAUCAGCAACUUUGGACAGACGCCGUGUCAGCUGCUCAAGGAGCCACAUCCUGUCAGACUGACUCUGGAGGAGGUGGAGAAGAGAAAGGGUCUGGACUCGAGUCCCUUAAACCUUUUUCAACACAUCUCUGACAUCAAGUCUUUCUUUGUGGAGGGCAUCAGUGACCAUGUGCCUCUGGUCAAAGCUGUGGUUCCUAAAAACCAGUCUCACUCUUUCAUCACACAAGGAAGUCCUGACACUCUGGUGGUCCUGAACCAGAGCUGUGUGUUUGCGACUCAUGGAUGGCUUCCUUACAACAAGAACAUCUCCAACUAUUUCACCUUCAUCAAGGAUCCCACCGUCUCCAGCUCUAAGACCCAGCGCCUCCUCCCUGGUCCCUUUGCUCCUGGUUUGGAGGUGUGCCCAAACUUGUUUGUAGUUUCUCACGAUGGUAAAGUGUUGUUCAGUGGAGGACACUGGGACAACAGCCUCAGAGUCACGUCUGUGCUGAGAGGGAGGAGCGUGGCACACAUCCGCCACAUGGACAUCGUCACGUGUCUCUCCACAGAUCUGUGUGGGAUCCACCUGAUGUCAGGCUCCAGGGACACCACCUGUAUGGUGUGGCAGGUGCUGCAGCAGGGGGGGGCUGUGGUCGGCCUCCAUCCCAAACCGCUGCAGGUUCUGUGCGGUCACACAGAUGAAGUGGUGAGUGUUAGCAUCAGCACCGAACUGGACGUAGCAGCGUCUGGAUCCAGGGAUGGGACUGUAAUAAUGCACUCGGUCCGUAGGGGGCAGUACCUGCGCUGUCUGCGUCCGCCCUGUGACAGUUCCCUGCCUCUGUCCGUCCUGCACCUGUGUGUGUCCUGGGACGGACACCUGCUCCUACACACCUGUGUGGAGGGCAAGGCUACUCUGAAGGAUAAGAAUGCUCUACACCUGUUCUCUGUGAAUGGGAAGCUGCUUCGCUCUGAGUCUCUGAAAGAACAAGUCUCUGACAUGUGUGUGAGCGGAGAAUAUGUGAUCAUAGGUACAGAGCAGGGGAAUCUCUGUAUCUACGACCUGUACAGCCUCUGUCUAAGCGUGGCGCCCAUGGCGAUGCGUGUGCCAGUGCGGUGUGUGUCCGUGACUAAAGAGCAGAGCCAUGUCCUGGUGGGUCUUCAUGACGGGAAACUGAUCAUUGUCGGAGUCGGACGUCCUGCGGAGAUUACCAGAAAACGUUGGGGUCCCAGUAAGAAAAUAUCCCAAAUCUCAUCUGAAGAAAAGAUUUACACGACUGAGAAUGACCAGACCUGA